AUGGCGCUAGCCGCCGCCGCAGCGGCUGCGGCCGCCGGGGUGAGCCAGGCUGCAGUGCUGGGCUUCCUGCAAGAGCGCGGCGGCAAGGUGCCCAACGCGGAACUGCUGAGUCGCUUCAAGCCGCUGCUGGACGCCGGCGACCCGCGCGGCCGAGCCGCCCGCAGGGACCGCUUCAAACAGUACGUCAACGACGUGGCCGUGGUGAAGGAGCUCGACGGCGUGAAGUUCGUUGUGCUAAGGAAGAAGCCACGGUCCCUAGAGGGCCCAGGGCCCUUGCUCUCCUGCCCGCCCGCGGCAUCAGCCCCGCUGUCGCAAGACACUCUUGUCUCUCCAGAACACUCACCCCCAAGAGCUCUAUCUUUGGCCUCGGUGAACUCGUCAGAGGACCUGGCUCAGCCAUCGGAGCCGCAAGACGCCCCCGGGGCUCUGGUCUCUGAGCCCACUCAGCCAACUCGGGAGCUGUGGUCAGGCUCGGCCCCCCAGCCAGGUGGCCCCGCCGACCCCCAAGUGCCAACCAUUCAGCUAGCUCAGCCUGCAGAAGGACUCUCCGCAGAAGUGUCCCCACCCUCUCGGGCACCGUCGGAGGUUUCGACCAGCGUGGAGCCGCCAGCCCCGCAGCCCGCCGUCCCACGCGCGCCGCCGCAAAAGCCCUGCAUGCUGCCGGUGCGCUGCGUCCCGGGCCCCGCUGCGCUCCGGCUCCGAGCCGAGGACCAGGGCCUGCGCCGGCAGCUGUCGGAGGAACCCAGCCCGCGGAGCUCCCCGCUGCUGCUGAGGCGGCUGUCGGUAGAGGAGUCCGGCCUGGGCCUCAGCCUGGGCCCCGGCCGCUCUCCGCACCUGAGGCGCCUGUCGCGUGCUGGCCCGCGUUUGCUCAGCCCGGACACCGAGGAGGUGCCCGCCGCGCCGCCGCCGUCCGCAGUACCCCUGGACCCGUCUGAGCACGAGUGGCUCGUGAGGGCGGCCAGUGGUCACUGGACCCACCAACUCCACGGGAUGCUGCUGCGCGACGGCGGCCUGGCGGCCAAGCGCGAUUUCAUCUCUGGCUUCACGGCUCUACAUUGGGCCGCCAAGAGCGGCGACCGGGAGAUGGCGCUGCAGGUGGUGGAGGUGGCGCGGCGUGGGGGCGCGCCGGUCGAUGUAAAUGCGCGCUCGCACGGCGGCUACACACCCCUGCACCUGGCCGCUCUGCACGGCCACGAGGACGCUGCCGUGCUGCUAGUGGUCCGUCUGGGUGCACAGGUGCACGUGCGUGACCACAGCGGCCGUCGAGCUUACCAGUACUUGCGGCCCGGCUCCUCGUAUGCGCUGCGACGCCUACUCGGCGACCCGGGCCUGCGAGCCACGCCAGAGCCAGAUGCGACCGACGGUGGAAGUGGCAGUAUUGCGACCCGGCGCCCAGUGCAGGUUGCUGCCACCAUCCUCGGUUCCACCACCAGUGCGUUUCUGGGUGUCCUGGCGGACGACAUCAUGCUCCAGGACCUGGCCCGAGGCUUGAGGAAGUCCAGCUCCUUCAGCAAAUUUUUGAGCGCCUCGCCCAUGGCUCCACGUAAAAAGACAAAGAUCCGCGGUGGCCUUCCAGCCUUCUCUGAAAUAUCUCGUCGACCUACUCCAGGGCCUUUUGCUGGUCUAGUGCCCAGUCUGCCUCCCACAACCUGAUGGUCCCAG